AUGAUAAGAGAUAAGGAACAUUAACGUUUCGACAUUAUUCAGUGUUUGACAGAGAGUUUAAUAAUAAACAUUGCAUUUUGAUUUUGUGAUAUUUUAUGUGAAAACUUGGAUAUUUUGUUAGGAUAACAGUAUGUUUUAUUAUUUUUUGGCAGGAUUUGUCACGUGUGCUUUGGCCUGGGUGUACCUGCGCUGGUUGAAAGUCAAAAACUUUUGGGCGGAGCGUGGGGUGCCGCACUCACCACCGAACCCAAUAUUGGGCAGUUUGACUUUCCUGCAGAAACUUAAUGUGGGAUUAUGGAUGCGUCAGAUGAACGAAGACUUCAGGACCCCCUACAUAGGUAUCUGGUUGUUCUGGAGACCAGCCCUCAUCAUCAACUCGCCUGAGAUCGCUCGUCGAGUGCUGGUGAAGGAUUUCGGCAGUUUCAGGGACAGAUUCGUGGCCUCUGGUGACAGUGAUCCUAUUGGGAAACGGAAUUUGUUCAUGUCUAAAGAGCCCGAAUGGUCAAGUUUACGCAAACGUUUGACCGGUGCGUUCACAGCAGCCAAACUCAGAAACUCACAAGACUUUAUUCGUUCUAAGUCUAAGGAAUUCGUUCAGAGAAUCAAGAGGGAACAAAAAAAUCGGAUAUGUCUAAAGUCGUUAAUGGUCGACUAUACAACGGAUGUCAUUGGCACAUCAGCUUAUGGUGUAGCCUGCAACGGCACACUGACAGGCAAAGAUCACAUCAGGUCGGCUGCUAAUGCGUUCAUGGAGUACAGUCCGCUCAGAGGACUGGGAGCUAGCUGUUUUUUCUUUUUCCCUGAACUGGUUGAUGUCUUUCGAUUUAAGUUCUUUCCAAAACCAGCCACAGAUAACCUCAGAAAGAUCUUUAAUGCUUCAGCGGCACAGCGUCGAGGCAAUGGUAGUGUCGGGGAGUCCAAGGAUCUGUUCGACGCUCUGUUGAACUUGAGGAAAGAGAACACAGCUAAUAAUGAGGGUUAUUCAGAUGAUACUAUAAUUGCGCAGGCAGCGAUUUUCUUAUUAGUUGGAGGCGAAACGACUGGGUCUUUGCUGACGUUUAUAUUAUACGAAUUAGCAUUCCAGCAAGAUAUACAGCAAAAACUGUACGAAGAACUUACUGAAGCUAAAAAACAUAAUGGUAGUGAAGAUUUCACAGCAGAGCAAUUGGCAGACAUGACUUAUCUGAACUGUGUUAUCAAAGAGGCUCUUCGAAAACAUGCUGUGAUGGGAUGGCUGGACAGGGUUGCGACAACAGACUACCAGAUUGACGACAAACUGACUAUCAAAGCUGGCACCCCUGUUUACGUCAACGCAAUGGGCAUGCACUACAACCCUGAUUACUUCCCUGAACCGAAGAAGUUUGAUCCUGAUAGAUUUCUACCAGAAAACGAAAAGGACAUAAAACCUUACACUUUUAUGCCUUUUGGGGAAGGUCCUAGAAAUUGUAUAGGUCAAAGGUUUGCGUUCAUGACAGUGCGUUACGCAGUAUUUGCCGUGUUUCUGAAUUACAAGGUUCUGCCCUUGCCUAACACGCCGAAACCAGAAGAUGUAAUUAUUGAGAAGACAGGAUUGUUCUAUAGUCCCGGAGAAACACUUUAUGUUGAAUUUGUACCUAGAACUUAGGAAUUACAAUUAUUGAUAACAAUUA